AUGUCGUUGAGUGGAAAUGCGUCAUUUUGUAGCAAUCUCAUGUUCGACCACCGCGCGCAAGAAUGGUGUAUAUUCAUAAGUCGUUUUAAACAAUGUUGCACAGCUAACGAUAUUGAUGAUAGGUCAGACAAAGCCGGGGUGAAACGCCGUGCGUUGUCAUUAACGGCUUUGGUGGAAGAUACUUAUCGCGUCGCAAAAGAUUUGGUGUUCCCCACGGAUCUAGAAGAUAUCGAGUAUGCUACGCUCGUGCAGAAGUUAAACGAUCAUUUCAUCGCGAAGAGAAGUACUUUCGCCGAAAGAUAUUUGUUCUAUAAGGCUGAACAAAGACCCGGGGAAGAUUUAAAUGAAUGGGCGUCGCGAGUUCGACAUUUAGCGCAGCAUUGUGGUUUCAAGGCCAGGUUAGACACAGCACUACGAGACAGAUUUGUAUUGGGUUUAGUAAAUUCCAAAGAAAAAGAAAAAUUGUUCGCUGAGAAUAUUGACAAUUUAUCGUUCAGCAAGGCGUUGGAGAUGGCCUUAAACGUACAGUGUGCCCGUGCGGCGUUACAAAAUGCUGAUGUGGUAUCAUCGGGGAGUUCGCAGCCCGGAGUCGAACGCGGCUCAGUUGGUGUGUUUGCGGUCCGUCCCGGCGCCCCGGGGAGGGCGGCCCGGGCCUCCACCUUCAGUGAAAAAGUGUUAUGUGUUGUGUGCGGUGGUAAAGGUCAUUCCAAAGAGCAGUGUCGGUUCAAAAGUUACAGUUGUAAUAAGUGCGGUAAACAAGGACAUUUACAACGAGUUUGUAAUAUGAAUGUUAAGCGUAAUAAUUAUGUAGAAAUGCACGGCAAAGACUCGGAAGUUGGUGAGUUAUUCAAUAUUAAAUGUUUAAAGGGAGAACCGAUGCGUCUUUUUUGCGGUUUUAUUGGAUUCGCAUAA